AUGGAACGUGAUUGGCGGAGGCUCAGGUUACAUCACCAUCCUUCAAACGGUUGUUUGUCUACGGACAUACAUAUUUGUGAACACUUAUGCUUCAGCUUGUUCAAGACCCUGGCUGAAAUCGACAGGUGGGGCAUAGACAUUUUCAAGAUCGCCGAACUAUCAGUCAAUAAACCACUCACAGUCGUUGCCUACAGUGCAUUUCAGAACCGGGACUUGUUGAAAACAUUUAUGAUCCCCGCGAAAACCCUUGUCUCGUUCAUGCUGACCUUGGAGGAGCACUACGUCAAGGAUAAUCCUUUCCAUAACAGCACCCAUGCUGCUGAUGUUACCCAAUCCACCCAUGUACUUCUCAACACAGCAGCUCUCGAGAGUGUCUUUACCCCGUUGGAGAUUAUGGCUGCAUUGUUUGCUGCGACCAUCCACGACGUCGACCACCCAGGCCUGACUAAUCAGUUCCUUGUUAAUUCAAGUUCUGAGCUUGCAUUGAUGUAUAAUGAUGAAUCAGUGCUCGAAAACCAUCACUUAGCUGUUGCAUUCAAACUCCUACAGAAUGAGGGCUGUGAUAUCUUCCUCAACUUGAGCAAGAAGCAACGACAGACGCUCAGGAAGAUGACAAUAGAUAUGGUGCUAUCUACUGACAUGUCUAAGCACAUGAGUUUGCUAGCAGAUCUCAAAACCAUGGUGGAAACAAAGAAAGUAGCUGGUAGUGGAGUUCUGUUAUUGGAUAACUAUACAGAUAGGAUACAGGUCCUGGAAAAUCUUGUGCACUGUGCUGAUCUUUCCAAUCCGACAAAGCCACUCACACUAUAUAGGAGGUGGGUCGAGCUUCUGAUGGAAGAAUUCUUCCAACAAGGUGACAAAGAAAGGGAAGCCAAUAUGGACAUCAGCCCAAUGUGCGAUAGGCAUUCUGCGACAAUUGAAAAGUCACAGGUUGGCUUCAUAGAUUACAUUGUUCAUCCACUAUGGGAAACAUGGGCAGAUCUAGUUCACCCUGAUGCCCAAGAUAUUCUUGAUAUGUUAGAGCAAAAUCGAGAUUGGUACCAAAGCAUGAUUCCUCCAAGCCCUCCCCCUGCAGAUUCACAGGACAGUGACGAGGAGAAGGAUAGACCUCAUGAAGAUAUUAGAUUUCAAGUAACGCUUGAAGAAGGAGAGAGUGAAGAGGGGACUACAAUGUGACGCUCACUAGCUCACCUCUGUCAUAAACUUACUCAAAAGGUGCAGCUAUGGUGGAGAUCGAAAUAGACCGUCUUCCCCUCAACAGAAUCUCACUUCAUGCUGUAUCCACUAUAAAUUUAUAUAUAUAAAUAAUUUUCAUGUCUUUAGGCGCUGGUCGCCUGAUGACCUUUGUGUGGCAAAAUAUUGAAAAACCCCACAAAAAAAAAACAACAAAAAACAAACAAAAAAACAAAAAAAAAACUUAAUUUUUCUUUUUUCCUUAUCACUAAGCGCUAUGUCCUCUUAAGUGUAUGUAUAUUUAUAAAAACUAUAUGUAUACACACACCGAAAAUAUUCAGAUUCAUGCGUAUAUGUUAACUUUAGCAUAUAUAAUUGAAAAGUAUUUGAGAAAUGUGUAUAGUUCAUUAAAAGAAAACAAUACAUUAAUGCGUGUUCUCAAAAUAUGCAGGGUCUGUUUUUUAAAGUUAAACUUCGACAAAAGAGAGUAUGGAUCCUUAGAUCCAAACACUUGUUCAUUUUUUUCCUCUCAUUUUUAUGCACUUUCUUAAUUUUUUUUUCAAUAUAAUGUUUGGAAAAGUCAUGAUAAUGAGUUUUUCUUUUGUUUCUUUUUGAGGGAGCAAAUAUAUAAAUUGAUGAUUGGGUCGAACUCACCUAUGAUGUAAGAAUUUAAUUUUUUGUGCAUUCAAAACAAUUACUCCCUAUUAUGAUUAUUAUUAUGAAAAGAUUAAAAUUUAAAUAAUAUAUAUUUUUACUCCCUAGCAAUAAGUUUCUCGACCAAACUAUCCUAAUGAUAAGAGUUCAUUAUCAUGGGUUUUUCUUUAUCAUUAUCACAAAAAUUAACUAGCAUUUUACAUUAUUUUAAAAAUCUUCUAGCCAUUUUUUAAAACUUAAAAAGAUACUUUUUAAUGUUAGCGAUUAUAUAUAUAUAAACAUAUAUUUUUUUUUUACAUAGUGUAAAGUGGGUAAAGGAAAAGUGUUGAGUGUUUUUCCUCUCAUAUAUUGGCGUCGGCCAGUUAUUUUACCCCAAAGUUUUGUACAUAGUUACCCAAAGUUACCAAUUGUGGUGUAUAAGUAAGUGUUAUUUAAUAUUAUAAACUUAUACGUUGGCACAAUGUUGCCUUAUUGUUAAAGAAUGUGUUAUAGGUUAGUUAUGAGCAUUUUUUUCUCAUAAACAUUUUAGAAAAGAUCGUAGGCUAUCUUUAAUCAAGUACUUGGAAAGAAAUGAACAGUUUUAGGUAGAGAAACUUGUCUCUCUUAUUUUGAGUAUUACUGAUGUUACCUUUGUAAUUUAACAUUGAAAAAUGUUUUUAAGUUGCUGAUGUGAUUCAAAUUAUUUGUAUAUUUUUUUAUAAUUAUUUUUAUUUUACAAUCAGUGAAACAGUUCCAAUUUUGAUCAAAGUAUGUACAGUAGCCUUUUUUAUUUCUUGGCAUUUCUGGAUUGCUAUAGAAGCUAAUAAUCUAAACUAAACAAAAAAUAUUGAUGUCUGCUUCUUAGAUAAAUUUAACAUUUAUUUAUGUACACAUUUAUGUUUUCUGGUAACAAUAAAAAAAAUAAAUCAUUUGAAUUAUCUUCCUUUAUGAGUGAUGAUAUGCACCACUGAAAAUAAUGCCUGAUAAAUAAAGGUUUACUGUGUAUACAAGUAUUUAAAUAUCAAUGUUAUUCUACUUUAUAUUUUUUUAUUUCAUAACACCUAAUAAUUUGAUUACUAAUGUUAAAAAAAUAUACGCACAGAUAUCACAUUUUAUUCAAAUCCGAUUUUAAACUACAGUAGUAGCAUCUUGAUAAUCUGGACAAAUCGUUAAUGGAAAUUUAUCCACACUAGACAGUACAUAGUUGGAUAUGUAAAUGCAUGUAUACAAACAUGUUUGCAUUUAGUUGUUGCAUUAAAUAACAUACAUGAUUAAAUACAUCCAUAAUUAUAUUACCAACCUAUUUUUUUCUGUAACGAAAUUCAAACCUGAAAAGAGGAUUCAGAAUACUAUGUCUCCUGAAUAAGCAAGUAUCCAGGUUAUUGAGUUCCUACUGUAUACUUAGGUUAUUAUACAAACUUGAUCUGCAUCAGCAACCUGGCCGACGCCUUGUGGUUUUCGUGUUACCUUACAUCACCUUUGUAUUGAUUAAAUGUUUUCUUUAUUUCCUGUUUUUUGUUUGUUUUUUUGUAUAUUUAGCUUCAAGGCACUGUACUGGUUACAGACCUUAUAAUAUUAGUUUAUUUUACACGAUAGCAUUAUUAUUGUAUUUAAAUGUAUUUCCUUUCUUAAUAGUAGUCAAAUUCAGUUAGAUUAUAUUGUAAGAAAUGUUUUGAGGGAAGAAAUCACAAGAAGUUUUAUUAGCACAAAAAUGGCACUACAAAGAAAGUUUUGUACCUGAAUUAAGAUUAUAAGUAUUUAGUUUAAACAAAUAUAUUAAAAAAAUACAAUAACUAAUAUUAGUAAUAUAUAUAAAUAUUACAUAUUCUAAUAUUUAUUGAAUUCUUAUCUUAUUUAUCUUGUACUAUUUCACACUACAGAUGUGUCAUAUUUUAAGUGAUACAUUAAUAUAUUUUUUAUGACUUAAACAUUACAAUUAAAAAUAAAGUACUACAUGAUGAAUUUAUUACAAUAUUGCUUUUAUUUGAAUUAAAAUAUUUUAACCUAAUAUAAUGAGAGACUUGUUAAAUUAAUUACAGAUAUUUAUUAUUAAAAAUCUGUUAUGUUUAUUUAAAAAGAUUAGUUACUUUUUUCUUUCUUUUUUUUUGUUCUUAAUGGUUUUAUUAUAACAAUGUAAAUGCCUAUAGAAGUAGGAAACAAAAUUCAUGUCUCUGAUUUUUUCCCUUAAAACAUGCCUUUGUUACAACUUUGAAUUUGUGUACAGUGUAUAAAUGUACACUGAAAACUGGUUUGAAUUGUAAAUACACAGAUAGUCAGGUGACAAUUCUGGAGCAUAUCAUAAUUUCACCUGGUUUAAAGAAAGAAAAAAAAAAAGAAAAAAUGAAAAAAUUAUUUGUUCAAAAAAAAAAAAGUUUUGGAGUCUUAAAGUACCUUGGUCUCACCCACCCUUUAUCAUACAUAUUGUGUAUAGUUAGAAAAAAUGUUUUAAAGAAAAAGCUGUAGAUCUUAUUCGUUUGUCGUUCCUAAAAUUUCACCAUCAGCUGUGUUUACAAUAAUUUAAACAAACUAAAAAGUUAAUAAUUACACUCAGGGAUAUCAUUGGAGUUAAAUCAGCUGAUUUAUGAAUUGGGGCGAUAAACAAGAAAGAACCAAGAGUUUAACCAACCUGAGGCCUACUAUUAUUCCCUUACUUUUUGUAGAUUUCCUUCUCCACAUUGGAAAGUAUAUUCGAUUCAACCUGAAUUUCUAAAGCUUCGUGUUGGGCUUUACUUUGUAAAUACCCAAAAUAAGCCCUACAAUUGUAUCUGUGUCAAGUAGUUAUUGUAUAUAAUAUCCCACAACCGCCAUUAAGGUGGGGUACUGUGUUUCCUUUCCUGGGAUAUGUCAGAUCAAGGAAUCCCAUCUAUCAGAAAAAUCGUGUAAAAUAAAAUAUAUAUAUAAUA